AUGGCACUGUUCAAAUGUAUUACUUACACCUUCCUGUUGUUCAUGUUUUUAUAUUACGUAUUUUCGGGAAUCUUGGCACAUUCUUUCGAUCAUCAAAAUUUUCGAUUAAAGCGUUCAAAAUUGGUGGUAAUUUGGGGUCUUUUCGUUUUCGGAUUGGUGAUGUUUUUGAGUACACUUUUCAUCAAAUAUGUCUGGGUUGCGAUUCAAAAUGAUAAACGGCCUACAAUAGAAAUCAUCUCGGUCUACCUACCCUUCAUUUAUUAUUGUUUCGUUAUACUUUUCAUACUUGUCGCGAAUUGGUGGAACCAUAACUAUAAGUUAUUAGUAUUCAAUGAAAUCAUAGAACUAACGGAAACGAUCGAUAUGAGCGGAAAAUUCAAAUCCUUUGCACUCAAAACAGUAAUCAAGCAUUCAAUAUCUUUGUGCAAAGCAACAUUAUUAGUGACGUUGUUCGUGAAAAAUGUAACAAAUCCUUCCAACAGUAGAUCGUGGCUUGCUAUGGCCUACUGGGUUUAUAUACAACUGACACUAGAAGUCCUUAUGUGCGGAUUCCACUUCACAAUAGUCCUUUUUGAAAACCUAUUCGAAGUUGUAAAUGAACAUUUAAUAAUAAAUAUGUGUUCAUUGAAAUAUUCACUGCCGGAUACCAAAAUGUGUUCACUCAGUGACAAUAUUGAUACAAUCCUGGAGAUACAUUCUCGACUUUGCGUUGCUGCUGACAAAAUAAACAACUUCAAUCAAUCGCUGAUUUUGUUCGUCCUUGCGAGCGGAUUUAUUAAUUUGGUGCUUAGAGUGUUCAUAACAUAUCACACUUACAAUACGCCUGACUUUGACUGGAUAUCACCGGUCUAUUUGUGUUCUGGCCUUAUUAAUGCCUUUGUCAUGGUAAAUUCGGCCCAAGGUUUGCUAAAAGCUUCGAAACUGGCACAAUCUAUAUUGCUUGAAAGUUCGGGUUUUAAUAAGUUGGAUGUCCGCCUUGAAAGAACGAUAGAAGCAGGUUCAUUGGUCUUACUAUUCAACUAUGCCAGCACAAGUGUCGGCGGACUUUUUUCGAUAUCCAUGGAGAUAUUCAUUCCUUUCAUGGCGGGGGUAGCAAGCUUUCUUUUAAUUUUAAUACAAUUUAUUGAGUAUGGAUAA